AUGGCCAAGUACCUUGCGCAGAUCAUAGCCCUGGGAGCGCAGGCUGUUGGACGGGCCUUUGCUAGAGCCGUUCGACAAGAAAUUAACGCAAGCCAACAGGCAGCUGCAAGGAUGGGCCACAACCGGCCUGAACGUGCAGCCGCUAAUGCCAAGGCAGGUAUGACCCUUGAGGAGGCGCUGCAGAUUCUUAACGUUGGAUCGAAGAUGGACCCAGUCGAGGUUGAAAAAAACUACAAGCACCUUUUUGAAGUAAAUGACAGGUCAAAAGGUGGCACGUUGUAUCUGCAGUCCAAAGUUUUUCGCGCAAUGGAAAGAAUACAAGAAGAACUUAAAAUGAAUGAGCAAGAUACGUCAGUAAAAUAUAAACCCGUAGAAAAGGUCAACAAGCAGACGAGCCGCCUUUAA